UUCACAAAAGGCUUCCCGCAGGCUACCCUCGGCCGCCACCAACGCCCAGGCUCCCGGCGGCCCCGUCUCUGCCGCCGUCCGCCUGCCCCACCCUCCAGGCCCGGGUCGGCUGCGGGCGGAUUUCAGUCGGAUGUAGACCCGGGCGCAGAGGUGCCAACGACCAGCCACUACCUGGCUUCCACUUUGGCCAGCCACAGACACCGGGAGGACUCGCGACUUUGGUGUCCAGCAGCGUGUAACGCGGCCGCCCAUUGGCUCGGCUUCAUACAGCUUGGCCGUAGGGCAUCCAAAGGCUUUCAGAAUUGGCCGGAGCUGCAAACGCCGGGGCCGGUUUACGGGAGGGGCGCGCUGGAGCGCGGCUAUUCUCGGAGCCUGCGGCCUCGGCGAGCGUUCUACGUCUCGCUCACGCUGGGAGAUCAUGGAGGAUGCGACUAGGUCCUUUGGGAAAGGAAGCCUCCCCCCCGGGCCGGUCCCAGACGGCCUGAUCCGCGUCUACAGCAUGAGGUUCUGCCCCUACGCGCACAGGACGCGCCUCGUCCUCCGGGCCAAAGGCAUCAGACAUGAAGUUGUCAACAUUAACCUGAGAAACAAGCCCGAGUGGUACUAUACAAAGCACCCUUUUGGCCAGAUUCCUGUCCUAGAGAACAGCAAAUGUCAGUUGAUCUACGAAUCUGUCAUCGCUUGUGAGUACCUGGAUGACGCUUACCCGGGGAGAAAGCUGUACCCAUAUGACCCUUAUGAGCGGGCUCGCCAGAAGAUGUUAUUGGAGUUAUUCUAUAAGGUCCCACACUUGACCAAGGAGUGUCUGGUAGCAUUGAGAUGCGGGAGAGAAUGUGCUGAUCUGAAGCUAGCCCUGCGUCAGGAAUUCUGCAACCUUGAAGAGGAGAGGCAAGAAUCAGUCUCAGCUCACCAGCGCAGUUUCCUCUCCCCCUUGGCUCAGGAAACUCAAAUCAAACUCAAAGCUUAUUUAAGGAACUCUGCAGGACCCGAGAUUCUUGGCUAUCAGAAUACUAUCUUCUUUGGUGGAGACUGUAUAUCCAUGAUUGAUUACCUCUUUUGGCCCUGGUUUGAGCGGCUGGAUGUAUAUGGAAUCGCCGACUGUUUGAACCACACGCCAGCACUACGGCUCUGGACAGCAGCCAUGAAGCAGGACCCCACGGUGUGCGCUCUUCUCAUAGAUAAGAACAUUUUCUUGGGCUUCUUGAAUCUUUAUUUUCAGAACAACCCUGAUGCCUUUGACUAUGGGCUAGCUUGCUGAGUCUCAGUCCAUCCCUUCACCAUCCAGAAUUCCCAAGCAUGUCGUGACUCUGCAUCAGGAAUUGUUUUGGUGGGUCAGUCAAUCUGUUCGUUUUCUUUGAGGUUCCCAAUAAACGUGGAGACAG